AUGAGAAUGACAACACGCAACCUGAACGGCAACUGGAUUGACACUCUCCGAAGACAAUACGUCUACGACCUGAAAGACGACUCUCCCCAUCCCAUUAAAUACCUUCUUUACAAUCCCCACAAGAAACAAGACUUGUACUUUGUUAUCCCCAACAAGAUCGAAGAGCCGCAACUCAGACGCUCUCUUGUCAAGUAUCACCUGUCUACCAAGGGUACCUCAGUCGUCGAGUUCACCCUCGCCACCGCUCUUCUUCUCCUCGCUCCCGCGCUUAUCAAGGCCUGGAAGUUCGAGGUCUUCGAAGAAGACUGCAUCACCUCUACUGACUUCAACGAGGGGGACGACGAUGUAGAGUGUGAGGAUACUGCGGAACCUCACGGCUGUUUCCGCAUCUCCGAAAUGGGUAGCUGCGAGAUUUUCUUCCAUGCCGAUGCUGAUGAGUGUGAGGAUGGUGAGGUCACUAUGUCGUACACCGCUACGGACCAGGAUCGCGAUAUCACGCCUGACUUUGAGUGGAACAACUGGAGCGUUCAGUGCUAG